UAUAAAUCUAUAAAGAGAAAAAAAUUAGGAAAUAUUGAUGAAGCUCUAUUACAAAGAUAAUUGUUCAAUAAAUAAAUCAUAGGGUGGACUCAUUUAAAGAAACUCAUUUUCUUCGACCGAUGUUGAGAAUUUACAUUGUUUUUUUCUUAUAUAUGUCAUCCUUGCUAGCCAUGGAGCUUGACUUUCACGGUACCAGGAGGGUAAUAGAUUUGAUCAAACGUACGAUGAAUUGCGCGGGAAUUUGGCCAGAAAAGAUUCACGAGCCCAUUUUCGUUUUUUUCGCUGUUUAUUUGGUUCUACAAUGUACAAUGGGAGUCAUCUCGAUUAACAAUAACAUAUCUGAUAUGGAAUAUGUUAUUGCUUGCUUAGAAGAGAACGUGUUCAAUUUUAUGACGCUAUUCAAGAUAUGCAUAUGCAGAAUGAAUAGCAAUUCGUUGGCCAAAAUUUUAAAGGAAAUUAAACUCGAUCUUAUUCCAGAAAGAUACAAAACCGAUGAGGAAAAGAUUGCUUUUUUAAAUUAUAACACUUUUAGUCUAAAGCUCGUUAAGUUCACUUUAGGAACAAGCAUCACAGCCUGUUUGCUGUAUUAUGUGUCCUUUUCAGCUACCAAUAUUAAAAAAGUCAUUGCAAAUUCAUCUUACGGAUACGUAUUGCCAUACAAUACUCCUCCGCCGAUCGAACCGACAAAUCUGAUAACUUACAUUUUUCUUUGUCUAUAUCAAUUUUUAAAAGUACUAAUUUUAAUCUUCGGUUACGUCGGAACUGAUUGUCUAGUAAUCAGUAUGGUACUCCACGUCAGCGGUGUUAUCUCUGCACUUUCCACCAAAGUAAAGUACGUUUUGGACAAUCCGGAGAAUCGUAAACGUCGAAUAAAAGUAUUAAUUUUGAGACACACACGUCUAAUACGGUUAGCUGAUACUUUGGAAAAUGACUUCAACCUACUAAUUUUACAACAAUUAUUGGGAAGUACCUUUCAUCUUUGUCUUCUUGGUUACGACGCGCUCGUUUCUAUAUCGGCAGGAGAGCAACACAAGUUACUCGCUUUUGUUAUAAUUGCAUUUCGUGUUUUAACCACGCUAUUGGCUUAUUGCUAUAUCGGAGAGUGUCUUAUUAAUGAAAGCACAUCCUUUGGUGAAUCAUUUUAUCACUGCAAAUGGUACAACAUAACGCAAGAAGAGAUUAAGUUAAUGCACAUUUGUAUGAUGCGAUCGUCGAAACAAAUGGAACUGACAGUCGGCAAAUUCUUUAUAUUGUCGUUGACUACAUUUACAGAUGUUGUCAAGACAUCAAUGGCGUAUUUAUCCGUACUUCGAACGUUUAUGUAAAGAAAACGGAAAAAAAAAGAAUACUAAACAGGAAAGGUUAAAAAAAAAAAAAAAACAAUAGAGAAUUUUACGUUUUACAUUCAAAUUGAAAAAAUAAAUGAAAAAUAUAGAUAUUAUCUUAUCGAAAAAAUAAAAUUGAUUAAAUAAUCGACGUUACGUUUCUUUAUUUCAAACAUUUAAUUUAAGAAGAAACAGCUCACUGUUAUUGAUCUAAAUGAUAAUAUUAAAGAUAUUUUAUUUUACUUUGUUCACAAUCUCGUAAUUUCGUAUACUGUGCGUCCGUGUUUGCGAUAAAAAACAAACUAUACGUGGUAGCGAAGAAAAGAAAAAUCGAAAGAACGAUGAAAAGAAAAGGGAGAAAGAAAGAG